UUUCUCAACAGUCGUGUUAAUAGAUUAGUGAUGGAAUCGGAUUGAAUUUUUAGUGCACACAAAAAAAAGACUCGUGAUGCGAUCUACAAUUUGCCUGUGAGUAAAUAUCGCGUAUAAAUGUGCAUGCAGAAUGGAAGCCCUGUGUAGAGAAAUCCUUGCCCGCGAAGUACUACCUUCAGCAGACCCCUCAGGGCCGCACCAGCGGUCAAUUCAUGAGCCUUCAAGCCUUCCCCGAUCUUUGGUGGAUACCUUCAGCUUCAACGCCUCGGCUCCCAUCGCCUUCGGCAAGUACGGGGGAGGGGAGUCAGGCGGUUGCCAUGCCAGGUCACUCGACGAGGGCCCUCCGAAUUUUUGUUCACGAAUGGAGCACGACGAUGUGCCUUCAACGCGACGCUUCACCAAACUAGAAAACGAUGAUCUUAGCUAUACCCAUGCUGUCAACCCUAAUGAGAUAACCAGCGACCGCAUACGAAAGAAGAACCCACGCAUCAACGGCGACUUAAAUUCCGAACGCCAUUAUUCUAAUUCUCUGGAUUUCACCAAAAUGGACCACGAUGUUAUCGAGCCAAACCAAACCAACUCUUAUGAAAUGCUGGACCACGAAGAUGCUCUUUAUUUACGAUUUACUUCGGACAGUCCGGAAUUUUCGUCUUCACUCACUGCCGUUGGUGGCGCUACUCCUCACUCGACCAAUGGUCCAUCGGGCCUCCACGCGUUCAAGGAUGGGCUUCCCGACGACGAUCUCAGAAACGACUCCAUGGAUUCGUCUUCUCUCCGACUUGAUGCUGCAGAUUCAAUGGUAAAAGAUACCUUCGAAGUUAAUAGUUAUUCUCACCCCAUGAGCUCUCAUAAGUCAAGGACAUCAUCAGGAGAUGUUCUCUAUACCCAGCAUGGUCCCAGAAUGGAUGCGGUGCUUAUGGGUGAUGUUUCCUCGAGCAGCGAAGUCUCGUUUAUCAACUGGCAGACGCCCCCUGAACAGAUGCGCAUAAUGGGUGGCGGGAGCGGCGCGGGUGGAACAGGUGUCGGAGGUAGUGGAGGCGCGACUAUGAUGUCGGUGGAAGAGACUGGAAUUAAACAAGAGGAUGGAAUGUUCAGCGGUCUUGCAGCGAACGGUGGAGGAGGAAUAUUAUCCAGUGCCCCCGCCACGCCCACCACGCAACUCAUCCACCAUCACCUCCAGUCGAGCGGGCAUUCCCCUGGUGGAAGACUCCACGUCAACAGCACCGGAGGAGGGCCUCUUGCUUCCACCCCUGAUGGAAGGAACAGAGCUCCGUCCUGCAGCUCUCCUUCAGGCCGGUAUUCGCCUUCCACCACUGCGCUUCCUUCUGAGUUGGACUACAGCGAGUGUGGGGACGAACUGCCGUCUUCGUCUCCCCGCUUCAAGGUAUUCCGCGAGUCCCCUUCCUCCCCGCCGUCCCCGGACCGACACUUCUGCUCCUCCACCACAUCCCUGGCCGGAGACUCCAGCAUUAACCAGCCCGAGGAGGAGGACGCCCCCCGGAGAAUGUGUCUCGUGUGCGGAGACGUGGCGUCAGGUUUCCACUACGGCGUAGCUUCCUGCGAGGCCUGCAAGGCAUUCUUCAAGAGGACCAUCCAGGGGAACAUCGAGUACACUUGCCCGGCGAACAAGGAUUGUGAAAUCAACAAAAAGAGACGCAAAGCGUGCCAGGCGUGUCGCUUCACAAAGUGCUUGUCCGUGGGCAUGCUCAAGGAAGGCGUCAGGCUGGACAGAGUACGCGGCGGACGACAGAAGUACAGACGGACGAGCGAGACUCCCUUCUCGACGCCCACCAUGGGGAACCGGCGGUGUCUUGACGACCUGAAGAUUUUGUCUGCUCUGCGCUCCUGCGAGCCGGAAUGCAUAAACGCGCUGUCUGACCUGCCGGGCGACAUGGCCGACCUCUCCUUGGUGGGAACCCUGGCCGACUUCUAUGACAGGGAACUCGUCGCCACCAUUGGCUGGGCUAAACAGGUUCCUGGCUUCUCGGAUAUAGUUUUGGACGACCAGAUGCGCCUACUACAAAGCACGUGGGGGGAAAUCCUGACUCUGGGCUUGGCUUUCCGCUCCAUGUCGACGGGUGGCACGAGACUGCACUUCGCUGCCGACCUCACUAUUGACGAGAACAGUGCGAGAGAGUGGCAGGCUCUAGAACUCUAUAAUCAAGUUCUGGCUGUUGUUGAACGCUUCGAGCAAGUGAACCUGCAGCACGACGAAUUCCUCGUCCUGAAGGCACUCGUGCUGACGAACUCUGACGUGCGGUUACAGGACACAGUCCCUCUGCAGAAUUUGAGAACGCAAUUCUUGCAAACUCUUUUGCAAGUCGUCGAGAGUAUAAGAAACCACGACAUCACUCAACACUUCAACUCGCUGCUGCUGUGUCUGCCCGCCCUGCGCUCCGCAGACUUCGCUCUGCGACGCUUCUGGCUCUCCAUCAGACAUCAAGAAACUGUCCCUAUGAACAAACUUUUCUGUGAAAUGCUUGAAUCACAAAUGCGGUGAAAAGCUUUCAAUUCCGUCUCUCAUACAUGUCGCGCAUCGCAUACAUGAUGGUUUCUUAAAAAUUCAUUUGUAUUUUACUUAUAUGAUAUAUAUAUGUACGUUUUGUUUGCAAUGAUUCAUCAGGAGUUAUAUUUCUUGUUAAUUAAUACAUUUAAGACAAGCGAUGGUGACUCGCUCACCCGCUGGUUGAUCUCUUAAAUUAUUUUCUAAUCUAUUUCCAAAGUUUCUUCAGUCUUGAGUUAUUUUUUCCACAGAAUGCUAAGAUUUAUCAAGUUAUUUGAUUAAAUAUUUGAUUUAUUUAUGGAAUUGGAUAUUGUCAUUCAACAUUAAGAGGUAUUAAUAAUUGAAACUUUCGCAGCGAACUGUGGGAAAGAGGCUUAUUUGUAUUUUUUAUGAACUGGUAUAUGGGGAGGUGCUAGCUUGUUCGGGACCAAUCAGGGUCAUCGUAUUUUACAAACUUUUAUAACUACGUAUUUAUAUUGCGCCCACGGUUAAUACUUGUUACUCCUGACAAAUUCACAGGUAACAAGUGUCCUGACAAAUUCACAAAAUUUGUCUAUGUCUCUUAUAGCUUUUCUUUUAUAACGCGCAGGUUCGUCAUGAAAAACUCGCUCUGUGAUCAAACUUUAAUUCUUCUUUCGCACUUUGAGAAAACUAACCAGUAAUUUUCUACUAGCUUAUAACAAUCGAAUUCAUGUGCUCUUUAGGUCGAUAAAAAUAAUGCAACCUUCCAAUUUUUAUCAAAAUUCUUCGGUUUAAAGGUUUAACUGGCGUCUGUUGAAUCAAAUCGCUAUUUUCUGUUCAAGUAUUCAAUUAUGCCGUGAAGAAUCUGAUCUGACUUUUUUCGUUGAUAUCGCCUAGUUGUUGUGUUACAAAUUUGGUAAAUCUUUUGAGGAAUGCACAUUUAAUUACUAUUUGCCUUAUACUUGAUCGUUGAACGUAAAUGGACAUCUCCUAGCCUGUCCGCAAUGCACGACGUAGAUCACCUCCCUCAGGGGGGACUUCCGACGCGUGUCUGAGCGUCAGAAGUCCUAUUUCGC